CGCUACUGCAACAUCACUGUUCAUCCCGACAGUCUUAGCAUUGCUAAGAAACUAGCUCGCUAGCCAGAUAACAUUCGCUGUACAAAUAAGCACUGCAGCAAUGUAAAGCGCUCUGGUCCUGCGCAAAUUAAACACGAAUACCUUCACUACACUCCAAAACCGGCACACAGGUAGUCCAUGGCGGAUGAAAAUGACCUUUUGUACGUGGGGCGGUCAGAGGAGCAGACCCCUGGCCCCGGCUUCCCCUCCGCUCCCCCGCCACUCUAUACCUGCACGCUGACCCCGGAGCUGGAGGCCAAGGCCCGGGAGGAGCUCCAGGAGAAGCCCGAAUGGCGUCUUCGGGACGUGCAGGCCCUGCGGGACAUGGUCCUGAAGGAGCAGCCCAACCUGCGGACCCGCCUGGACGACGCCUUCCUGCUGCGCUUCCUGCGCGCCCGGAAGUUCGACUACGACCGCGCCCUGCAACUACUGCUCAACUACCACUGCAGCAGGAGGGCGUGGCCCGAGGUGUUCGCCGACCUCAGGCCCUCCACCGUCCGGCACGUGCUGGACCUGGGCUUCCUGAGCGUGCUGCCCCAGCCCGACCCCCACGGCCGCUACAUCCUGUGCCUCCGGCCCGGGAAAUGGAAGCCGAAUGACUACCCAUUCGUGGACAACAUCCGGGCCAUAUACCUGACUCUGGAGAAGCUGAUCCAGCCGGAGGAGACGCAGGUGAACGGGAUCGUGAUCCUGGCGGAUUACAGUGGGGUGGGGUUGUCUCAGGCCUCUAGCCUGGGGCCCUUCCUGGCCAAGAAGGUUGUGGGCAUCCUACAGGAUGGCUUUCCCAUUAGAAUCAAGGCAGUCAACAUUAUAAACGAGCCUCGUAUUUUCAAGGGGAUAUUUGCCAUCAUCAAACCCUUCCUGAAGGAGAAGAUGGCGGAGAGGUUCGUUCUCCACGGUUCGGACCUGAGCUCUCUGCAUCGCUCCAUCCCGCGUGCGGUUCUGCCGGAGGAGUACGGCGGGGUGCUGGGCCGCCUCGACGCGUCUGCCUGGUCCCAGACGCUGCUGGACUCGGAGCUGGAGUUUGUGGUGGAGUUCUGCCAGCCCGACCCACUAGAGGGCGUGGUUCUGCCAGACUCCAUGCUCUUCGAAGGGGAACAGGGUGGAGCCCAGUGCGAGGACGUCUACAGAGGCCUGCGGUCACAGCUGUACUACUGCUACUGACCCCUGACCCCCAGCCAGGGAGGAGGGGCUGCCAACCGCUAACUCCAUAAACAUCCAUUUUCUCCGCUCUUUCAUUUUAAGCAGCUGGACAAUUUGGGGUUUUCUUUUCUUUCUUUUUUUUUUAUUUUAAAAAAAGGAAACUUAAGCUGUGUUUGUUGGCCGCCCUCGUUGUACUGGGCCCUGGGUUGAAGUAGCUGAACUGUGGUAGCAGGGGAGGUCUUGCAUGGAGCAGCGUAGCUUAGCAUGUGCAGUUUUCAUGGAGGCUCCAGGGUUGACCGGAGAGAGCACUUCCAGUUUAACAGCACUGUGUUUUGAUGGCUCACUUUAGCUUUUCAUUGUGACUGAUUUCAAGCCAAUUACAUGCUUGACAGAUGAGGUGGAAGAAGUGCAUUCCAAGUUGUGUGUGUGUGCGUGUACAGAUUUGUGUGUGUGCGUGUACAGAUUUGUGUGUGUGUGUGUGUGUGUGUGUGUGUGUGUGUGUGUGUGUGUGUGUGUGUGUGUGUGUGUGUGUGUGUGUGUGUGUGUGUGUUGGUGCAGCCAAUUCCAAGUCAGGUUGCAUUCUAAAAUUGUGUUUUUUUCAAAGCUUUAUUAUUUUAAUGUUAUUAUGUUAAGCUUAAACAUUUGUGUUGCCUUAAAAUAACAGUAAUGAUGAGCUGCCUCUCCCUCUGGCUAUACAGUAUGCAUGUGCUCAUUUUACAGGAUUUAGUGUCCAGGACAUGGCAAAGGUCUCUGGGAGGAAGGUUAAUGGCUGGUUACCAUUAUUAUAAAUGUUUCUGUUGAGAAAUCAAACUGCAUUCGCCCAGAACAGCGCGACUGAAGCAAUAUUAGUUUCUCAGGAGACAUUUCAAUGUUUUCAUCUGUAUUUGUUCCAGGUUAAAAUGCAGGGUGAAAUGUAAUCAGCUUUAUUCAUCACUUAAAUGUAUGAGCAGAUUACCCACAGUGCACCAGGAGGUGGAAAUGGCCACAGUGGUUAAAUUCUUUUGCUGUUUUCCAAUUAUUGUUGAUGAAAAUCGGUGAAGCCCAGCCAGCAUCAUGUUAAAACUAUAAUCGGGUUGCAAAGACUAUUUUAAAGGGCCCAACUGCUCCGGUGGUUACACAGCAUCUGAAGGUCUUCUUGAACAAGUCCUUAGAUGAGCAUGAGCCCACAUGAAAAGAUUUUGUUUUCUUAUGAACUGGUGCCUGACUGAUACCUGUGGUACCUUUACUGUACUACUGCAACAGACCAGCUGCUUGUGUAUAUGCACACAUUUUUCUUAAAUGUAGGAUAUGAUAUGCACAUAAUGUAGUGACCUUAUGAUUCUAAGGGAUAUGUUAAGUCCAUUCUCUGAUGGGUUUAUUAUAACUCUAACCCUUACAAUGUUACUUGGUAGCCAUGUGUGGGUGCACAAGUGUGGGAAUUAUUUUUUCCCUGUGUCACUCUUUGCCAAAUAUGUCUCAAAGCCAUUCAGUUUUCACAUUUUGUUUUUAUAUAUCCUGCAGAUUGUAAAUGGUAAAUGGUCGGGAUUUACCGUUUACCUUUAGCUUGCUAAGCUAUUUUUUUCCCGUCGUGAUCGAUCGUGAUAUUUUGCUUUUGAAGACAUUUUCAUUAACAUUACAUACUGCAUUUGUGAUUGAGGCUAAUGUAUAUUUUGAGGAUUUAGUUGUAGCUUUACAAUGGUCAUUAUGCCGAGGGUCUUAAUCAAUGUGUAGAUUAAUAGAAAAUAAAGCUUAAACCAGGUACCACGAAA